CCGGUUGAUUUUUUUUUCUUUCCCGCCAGCUGUUUUCUCCAAUUUAACGAAAUGUGUGUAACGUCGUGGUCUAUUUUUAGAAACGUUCUAAAAAUAGCCGGGUCGCGACCUCAACUAAAAAGCCGAGCUUCUUCUCGGACCGACCGUCGAUUUUGGCACGAGUUCUGUGGAGAACGAGACGAGAAAAAGGUUGUUGGAGAGAAUGUGCGAUCGUCAGCAGUCGUCUCUCUCGUGUGCUGACUCCCUGGCCGGAGAAGACCCGGACCUCAGCUCCCAGGAGGAAGAGGAGGAGGACUACUAUGCCGACUACUACGGGAACGACGAAGACAUUCUGGGAGCGGGAGGAGGAGAAGAGGACGGGGCGACCGACGCCUCGUUUCAAGACGACCCGGAGCACUACAGCUUCACCUGUCUCUCAGAGGAGGAGGCAUGGAACUUUCUAGACAUGCAGGUCAAGGACAUGUCACGAGAGAUAAAGGAGGACCAGCCGAUAGUGAGAGGUAUCCUCCACCAUCUCCACUGGGACUCGGGGGAGGCGAGGAAGAGGCUGUGCAGCGGCAGACAUCAGCUGCUGGUGGAGGCUCACCUCAGACCUGCCCCCUCUGACCUCCCUGCCGAGAAGCGUGUAGCGUGCCCGGUGUGUCUGAGCCCGUUCUCCCAGAGUCUCAGUUUGGAGUGUGGACAUGCGUUCUGCUACGUCUGUUGGAAGCAGUACCUCAAGGAGAGGAUUGCAGCUGGCUCCAUCACUGCCAUUCAGUGCAUGCAGUGCAGUCUGCAUGUGAGUCUGGAGAUGGUGAGAGCGCUGCUCUCUGCAGAACCUACCCUCACCAAAUACCAUUCAUUGGCUCUCGCAGAGUUCGUACAGUCCCACAAACUGCUUCGCUGGUGUCCAGGUCCAAACUGUUCAAUUGUGUUCAAAGUCAGAGAGAGACUCCCGAAGCGAGUCGCGUGUUCCAACUGUACCUUUACCUGCUGCUUUCAGUGUGGAGAGGCCUACCACCUGCCAGCUGACUGUGAGUGCUACCGAAGGUGGCUACUGAAGUGUCAGGACGACUCCGAGACAGCCAACUACAUCCUCGCCAACACCAAGGACUGUCCCAGCUGCCUAGCCUCCAUUGAAAAGAAUGGUGGCUGCAAUCACAUGCACUGUGCCAGAUGCAAUCAUGAUUUCUGCUGGGUGUGUCUGGAGAAAUGGGACAGUCACAGAGGCUACUACGAGUGCAGUACGUACAAGAAGACAGAUGAGAGAGGGCAGAACGAGGCCAGACAGGCUCUGGAGAAGUACCUCUUCUACUACCAGAGAUGGGCCAACCACGACCAGUCUCUGAAACUGGAGGAGACGACUCGUCAGAAGAUCCUGUCUCGGAUCGAUGACAGAGUGGCGGCCAGCUCAGGGACCUGGAUAGACUGGCAGUACCUCCUGGACGCUGCAGACCUCCUGAGGAAGUCUCGAUACACACUCAAGUUCACCUACCCUUAUGCCUACCACAUGGAGGGGGACAGGAAACCGCUGGUGGGUGUCAUCAAUUUGUGAGUGUAUAGAAACUUCCGUCUUUUUCUCGUCGCUCUCUCUGCAGUUUGAGUACCAGCAGGCCCAGUUGGAGUUUGAAAUUGAGAAUCUGUCGUGGAAGAUUGAGAGAGCCGAGACCACUGACAUUGCUGUUAGUCCAUACCCUAUUCUCAUUACUGCAUUCUCCCAUUCCACGGAAUUUCGGAAUGCCUAAUCCGGAGACUGAUGAGACAGAAGAUGUUUGUGAGGUUGCUUUAUGCAAGAACUGUUCUUGGGGGGAAAAACAGUGUCCUUGUUAGUUCAGGGGUUUGUUGAGGGGUUCCACUGUACCCCAUUCACCCAUACCGUAACGCCCUUACCUACCCCAUUCUCUCAUACUCCAUUUUACCCCACCCCAAUACUCCAGGAUAUCCGACAGCAGAUCAACAGGACGGAGGUCAAGAGACUAACUCUCCUAAGAGACUUUGUUCCUGCAUAGACUAUCUCUCCCAUAGCAGCCAAUCACAUUCUCUCUCGUCAUCAUUAAGCGCGCCCGAAUUUGAUUAACAUUGUAUAAGCGCGCUGGCUGCUAAAAGUACGAGCUACGCCCCUUCCAGUAAUCCGAUAUCAUCAGCCGAGCUGCUCGGUGGAAGAAGGGAAAGCGGGAGCUGAAGGCAUGGUUGUUCUCUCCUACGUUCCAUUUGCUUUCCUAGGCUGUUUGCUGCUGCAGACGUGUGGAGGGAGCUCAGCAGAAGUAGAUCAGUUGCAGCUGUGCUCCGAACACUACUCACCAGUCGUUGGACUGCAGUACACGUACGAUGCAAAUGGGACUGGCGUAUUUUCCACCACUUGUCAGCGUGCAGACGCCAGCUCCCCCUUCUCCGCAGCCUCUCCCUCGUCUGUAUACAGUAUCCCUGGCCUAGUGGAGCUCACUUCAGGCUGUCUGCACCACACCGUCGUCUCGGGCCUCGUCCCGCCUCAGGCUGACGGAGAACCGGCUGGCUCAGGGGAGAAAGAGGCGGGGAGGAGUGGGGAGGGAGUGAUUCGGGUGGCUUCCUGCGUCCGCUCUCCAGUCGGCGCCUCCCUGGACCACUGCAGCUGGACCAGAUGGCUGGGAAGACCUGGGGAAGGCGUCUCCGUCCCUCCUCUCCCUCACCCCUGGGUGUUGAGGAGUGUUCUCAGCCACUCUGUGAGGAGGGCCCACCGAUACAAGCUGGAGGUGUGUCAUCUCACGGGACUUGCCUCCUCUCCCUCCCUCACACACAGCUGCCAUCUUCCAAACAUUCCUAAUGGAACAAUCCCAAAAAUAAGCCACACCUACUCAAUCACCAAGAGCCACGCCCCCUUCAGAAUAAAGAUUAACCUGGCGUGUGAUGACGGCUAUCAUUUGAAGAAGACGUUCAGAACAGCUGAGUGUCAGAAUGGGUCCUGGACACAGCUCCCUGUCUGUCUGGAAUGUGUCAACGGUGUCUGUGAGGGAGAAGUAACUGCCCCUGUCAUUACGAAUAGUCGGGUAAUGGUGGGAUUUGUUGCCGGUAGCAACCUAACACUGGACUGUGAAGUAGUCAAAGGCCAUCCGAAACCUUCGUUGUCAUGGCAUCGUGUUCUACUGCCCAGUGGGGUCAGAGUACCCCUGAUUGACCACACCCACUUCGUUACCCACGCCAAUGGCUCCCUGACCAUUCUCAAUGUCUCUGACAUGGACUCGGGACCGUACGCCUGCCUGGUAUGGAACAGAGUCGGCUCUGACCUCGCCUACACCCAUCUCUACAACACACAUCCAGACGGUACCGGACCUCCGUCCAUUUACAACUGGUCCCCACUGCACGUCGUCUCCCUCUCCACUCCCCACACCCCCACACCUUCACACCUCCACUGCCGUGCCCACAGUUACCCUCCUCCCAUUGUCUCAUGGUCCAUCCUCCCCCUCUCCCCCCCUUUCUCGCCCCUCCCCCUUCCUUCAUCUUCAUCCAUCUCCCCACUCUGGAAUGGGACCCUGGUAUUCGACCCAGUACGGACUCAAGACACUGGAAUUUAUCGAUGUGAAGCCACCAAUUUGUUUGGAACAGUCUCCAUGGAAACCAUCUUGUUUGUAGAUGCAGCUCCGGACGAGGCAGCCCCUGUAAUUACCUCUGCUAAUUGGUCAAAGAGCUACACCUCACCAGUGGGAGCCAGACUAGAGAUGUCUUGCUCUGCUAGCUCCGCCCACCAGGACUCUCCUCUGACCUUUCUCUGGAUGAUGAAGGGUCGUGUGGUUCCCAUGUCUGGCUCCAGAGUAUGGCAGAAUGGGAAUGGGACUCUGGUAUUUGACGAGGUUCUGUCGCAAGACAAAGGUCUGUACUGGUGUGUAGUGUGGAAUAAUGGAGGCGUUGCCAUGGAAAUGACAAGACUGAUGAUCACUAACAGUACGGAAGAGCCACGCCCACCAUCAGCAACAGACUCCGCCCCAUUAAAUCAUUGUCUCUCUCUUAUUGCCAUAGUAUCACUGGUCACACUGAUAAUAUCAUAAUCGCUCAGUAUAAAACCGUUUUUCACCCCUACCUUAAGCGUUCAGUUUUCAUCCUAAUAAUUAUCAUGGCUUGUACUUGUUUCAAAAAAAAAUCAUUUAUGGGCCAAAAUGAGAAAGAAAAAACAGCCUUCUGAGUAGUCAAUCAUCAAAACUUACACAGAAUGGGCUUCCAUCUAAUUGUAAUCUGGUCAAGCUUGUG